AUGGAAAAGCACCUUGGUUUUUUGGAAAGAAGAUGCCGUUUGUGUGGGAAAACUUUCUCUAAAGUCCAAACUGUCCAGAAUUGCGACAAAACAGCGUUUGGAAGGGAACUUUUGAACUUCUUUCGCGUAGAUAUUGGGCUGGACUCCAGAGAAAUCCAUCCACAGAAAGUGUGUUCGGCUUGUAGGAGAGUCGUUUAUCAUUUAAAUUCGGGUAACUUGGACCCCGAAACCUCUGAAGGGAGAAAGCAAGGAAUAAAACUGUUUCUGUGGAAGGAACACUCCUCAAACUGCUAUUGCCUGCAGAAACUCAAGGGAAGGCCUUCAAAGAAGGAAUUAUGCAAUAAUGCAAACCAGUGCAAUUUUCGAUUACUGAAUUAA